GGCACUGACUGGCAUCACUGCUGGGCACUGACUGGCGGCACUGCUAGGCAUUGACUGGCGCAACUGCUGAGCACUGACUGGCACAACCGCUGGGCACUGACUGGUGGCACUGACUGGCAGCACUGCUGGGCUGCACUGAUGGGCACUGGUGUGUGGCACUGGUGGGCACAGGUGGAUGGCACUGGUGGGCACAGGUGGGUGGCACUGCUGGGCACAGGUAGGUGGCACUGCUAGUUGGCACAGGUGGGUGCACUGCUGGGCACAGGAGGGUGCACUGCUGGGCACAGGUGGGCGGAACUGGUGGGUGGCACUGCUGGGCAGCGAUCAUCAGGGCACUGAUCAUCAGUGCCCUAUGAUCGGUGCCGAUCCCUGCUCUGACAACUGCCGGUUCUUGGCAGUACUGAGGAAACGUGUCAUUGGACACGGCUGAUCAC